AUGGAGCGCAUCAGGCUCAUGAAGGAGCGUGCCUUGGCCGACGCCGCGCGCAGCCAGGACAACGUGCUGAUGACCCAGGGCCAGCAGCAGCCAGCCGCUGCGUCGGCCCCGGUGCUGGUGCCCCGAGUCAGGCUCGACUCCCGCGGCGGCGGCGGCGGUGAGGGCAGCCGAGAGGGGUCUUCGCCGGUGGAGGAGUUCUCCCUCCUGGAGGCGGUUGAGGAGGCGACCAUCAACAAGAGCGCCGCCCAGAUGAUCAAGCCUGGAAGUCCUCGCCUCUCGCACACGCGCUCGCUGCUCGAGGUUGUAUCCCCGCGCUCUCGGCGCGGAGGUGACUCGCCACCAGCGAUGGUGGCGCUGCCGGCCACCGGUGUCCUGUCGCCGGCGCACGUGCGGGUGUCGCCCCGUCGGAGAGACGACUCGCCAAGCGCGAAGGAGCAAGCGGCACCGGCACCGAACGGCAAUGGCCGGGAUACGACCAUCGGCACGAAGAACGAAGCUACGCACGGAAGGAGACCAAAAGAAUGA